CAACAUAACUCAUGGGUUAGAAGGAUUCAAAUAAAAACUGUGUAUCUGAGAACUCAUGGUUCAACCAGUGAUCCAGUACAACUUUGACAGAACAUUUCAGAUGUUUCACCUGACGAUGCUCUUCCUCCUUCUCAAAGGUGAUGGAAUCUCUGCUCUUUCACAUGAGAGAGUCUCUUACAUUGGACUGAGGAAAGCAGGAGACCAUUCAUCAGGCUCAUCCUACCCCCUUCACUCUCAAUCAAUGGUGAAACGAUCUACUGCUGACCAUGUGUAUUUUGAAGAUCCUCUCAUCUUCGAUGCAAGUCCUCAGUUUAAAACUUUUGUUAUUCACAAAUCAGAAAGUGAAAGCAGGGAUGCCAUCCUCGAGGUGUCUAAUCCUGUCCCACAUGAUCUUAUGGGAGUUGGAGCAAGACACUACAAGGAGAUUGAAAAAUCUGUCACAUGCUGUGCUCUUGAUUCUCGACUUCUAAGGAAUUCUAAUCCACCUCAAAAUAACAGACAUUCAAAUUCAAAUUCUAGCGUUUCUACUCCCACAGACAUUUUUCCUGUCAAUGAGGUGAUAGAGGGGAGUGGCUUACAUCCCCUGGAGCCUGACACAGAAGACACCAACCCUGGAUCUCAAAGAAUAACCAGCAUGGAAUUUGAAGGCACCAGCAAAACAUCCGGCAGUAUGGUUACACCUUCCAAUGAAAACAGACCGAAGUAUUUGAUUACAUCAUACACAUCGAACUCUCACCUGGACCAUAGCUAUAUUCCAACAAAGUCUGAGAAUGUCUUGCAAAGAGGUCUGACUUCAUUAGAUGGGAUCUCGACCAGCAGCAGAAAGAUGAAUGAGAGUAACAACAAUUCAGAGGGGGUAUCAGACACACCAACAGCAACAUCAGAGCAAUGGGAGCAUUGGCCUUUCCAGCGGACAUUAAUCACUGAACCAAAUACAAUCCAGAACUCCAAUAACUCUUGGAGUGUUUGUAAGCCAGGAUAUAUCCAUAAGAAUGACUCAUGCUGGUCUGUUUGUGAAGUGAUUCCCAAUUAUUGUUACAACGGAGGUGAAUGUGGAGUCAUUGAAAAUGUUGGUGCGAUUUGCAGGUGCAGUGCAAAGGAUCACACCUGGUACAGAGGACGACGGUGCCAGACAGUGAUCACGGAGGUUCAGCUAACAUGCAUACUGAUUGGCGCAUCUCUGCUUGUUGCUAUCCUGUUCCUCAUUCUCAUAGUGACCUUUACCCUGAAGCUGCGGUCUCUCAAAAAUGCUCAGCAAAGAUUUGACUCCAGAAGAAAGCUGUGGAUUUCCUCGGGGCUCCAAGGAAACUCCUCUUUCACUUCUGAAAUAAGUCAGCAGGGAAAUCAUUCCCCAUUGGCUAGAUGUAGCCCUGACACCCAAUGCACACCAGUCAGUGAGAAACACCUGACCCAGUUUAUAGAUUUCGAGCUAAGCACCUUGGGGAAUAUGAGAGAAUGCAAGACAUGUAUCGGCAAUUCCUGGAGGAGUCCAGAACUGAGUCAAGAUACAAGCGACAGGAGGCAGCUGCUGAGAUCCCCUCCCGCGGUGGCUCCACCUGCGGGUGGAGCAGUGUCACAAGCUGAUUACAAUUCUUGCAUCCUUUGGAGAACAGAACGGACAGCAGUUUGAAGCACAUUUGCAAAUGAGGGUGUGAGCGUCUGAUUCAACUAAAGUCACUGAACAGCAACCAAUGAGGAAGAUAAAUAUGAAGAGCAAUGGUUCAGUAGCCCCUCAGGGAAGGAGGGAUAGAUCAAUAUUUGUAAAUGUAAUUUUGAGAGAUUUUUGGCUUUGGAUUCUUUGGUGAAGAACCUGAAUGUUCACUCCCUCUUGCACCAUCACACCAUGGCUGCAGUGUGCACCACCUACAAAAUCCAUGGCCGUUACUUACCUGGGUUAUUCCAACACAUUUUGUAAAACAAGAAACCUCCACCAUCAAAAAGGGCAAGGGUAGCAGAUGCAUAGGAACACCACCACCUGUAGGUUCCCCUUCAAGUUGCUCACCAUCCUGACUCGGGAACAUAUUGCCAUUCCUUCAUCAUCACUGAGUCUAAAUUCUGCAAUUCCCUCUUUAAAACUCCCGUGGGAACACCUUCACCAAAAUAACAGCAGCCAUUCAAGAAGAUUGAUCACCAUUACCUUCUCAAGGACAAUUUUUGGCCUUGAUUAUGAUUCCCUCAUUCUUUGUGUGAAUUUAAACUUAAUAGUUUUACUUACCUGCACUUGAGAUAUUUGAAUGGUUAGUGACAUUUUCUAUGAAUAUCAGGUAAAAUUGCAGAUGUUGGAAAUCUAACAUAAAAACAGAAACUUUUGGAAAUACUCUGCAGGCCAGGUCACAUCUGUGGGAAGAGAAACAGAGACCCCUUUUGUCCCUUUCCAGUUCUGACAGAAGGUUUUGCUCCACAUGGAUGUGGCCUGAUUUGCUGAGUAUUCCUGCAUUUUUGUAGAGCUCUGUUCAUCAUCAUCUCAGUCUCUUUUCAUUGACCCUAUUCUCCAGUAUAUGUUUGCCCCCAAAACUGAAUGACCUCACUUAAAAUCCCAUCCAUCCGAUGCACCUGAAUCACGGAAUAAUUAGAGCACAGGAGGAGGCCAUUCAGCCCACUGUAUCAUUACCAGCUAUGUAGGAGCAAUUUAACAUUUAACCUGCUCUCCUCCUCUACCUUCUCCUCAUAGUCCUACAAAUACUUUCCUGGCACUCUCCCAAAGACCUUCAAGUCCUUCCAUUAUUUAGUUUCCUUUAGUCUAGGACCUACAAUAAAGAAUACAUACCAAGAAAAAGACUGGACCCAGCACUGCUCCAGGGUCCACACUCCUCCAGACUGACUAACACCCUAAUUAAUAGAAAAGACCUAUCCUGACUGCUGUAUUCCAUGAAUCAUACACCUCAUUCUUAAAAGUGAGGCACCUUAUCCAAUGUCACAUAUUGAAAGGCCUAAAUAUUCUGGAUGUGGAGAGGAUAUUUGCAAACGUCUAGAACCAGAGGGCUCAAUCUCAGAAUUUGAGUAUGUCCCUUUAGAACAGAGAUGAAGAGCAAUUUCUUUAGCCAGAAAGUGGUGAAUCUGUGGAACUCAUUGCCACAGUUGGCUGUGGAGGAUAAGACAUUGGGUAUGCUGUAUUUAAAGCAGAGGUUGAUAUGUUCUUGAUUAGUAAGGAUGUCAAAGGUUACAGGGAGAAGGCAGAAGAAUGCCAUUGAGAGUGAAAAUAAAUAAUUAUGAUUGAACGGCAGAGCAGACUUCAUGGGCUGACUAGCCUAAUUCUGCUCCUACGUCUAAUAGCCUUAUGAUCAUUUGUGACAGAAUCACUGGGCACGCUGUUUGAGCUGACAUUGCAAGGUCUCUGUUCGUCUGUGCAAAGUGUCCUAUUCCAUUUCCAGAACUUAUUAUGAUUCAGUACCGUGUUAUUAUAGAACAUUGUGGUGUGCAGUACUAUCACACUUUUCUAGAAGUCUUGGCAUUUUUAUGACAUUAUUAUUUGAUUGU